GGAGUUCCUGGCCUCCCUACUCUCGGCUUCAUGCUUUUGCCGGCCUCUCUCUCGUCCGCCUCUCUCGCCGAGCCGGAGGGGAUGGAGACCCUGCGGAGGAGCCUCUCCCGGUGGAAGAAGUAUCACAUCAAGGUCCACCUAGCCGACGAGGACCUCCUGCUGCCUCUGACGGUGAAGCCCACCGACACCAUGAUGGACCUGAGGGCGCACCUGGUGCGGGAAGGGGUGACCUCCUGGAAGAAGACCUUCUUUUACAACGCCCGGGUGAUCGAGGAGCACGAGACGGUGAAGGAGGCCAAGAUCCAGAACGGCUCCGUCCUCCUGCUCAUCAACGACAAGAGGGGAAAGGCCGUAGAUGAGUGGUAGAACAUCUGCCUUGUACUCAGAAGGUCCCAGGUUCAACCCCUGACAUCUCCAGAGCCAUUUAAGAAGGAGCUCCGUUGGAUCAGAUCAAAGGCCGUUCGAAUCCGCAACCUCGUUUCUACAGCAGCCAACCAGAUCCAUCGGUAAACACACCAGCAAAGUUAUGUGCAUAGUUUUAAUCCUAUCAAUGUUUCAUGGUAUUGCAAGGGUUGGUUUUCCUAUGUUUUCAUAGAAUCAUAGAAUUGUACUGUCAGAAGGAACCUUUUGCCCAAUGUGGGUCUCGAACCCACGGCCCUGAGAUUAAGAGUCUUGUGCUCUACCUAUCUGGAAGCUGCAUUGGGUCCCAUCAGGGAAAAAGACAGGGAAUAAAUAGUCAUUUACUACUACUACUACAAACAAUAUAUUAAUAUAAUACAUAAUAUAUCAUAAUAAUAAUCUUUGCUCAGUCCCCUCCAUGGAUCUUAGAGUGUGAUCACUGGGCAGGCGUCUGGAUAAACAAUAAUUAUGGUCGCCGGUCGUAUGCUGCGCCUCUCCUGAGUCAGGACUCAGACACGUUGUGUAGAGACGCAAAGCCUGUUUUUCCAGGGCGGCCUGUUUCCCUUUUGUGCCUUCAGUGGAUCUUGUCACUGCUAAUCUUCCUUUUUUGAGAAAGAGCCAAGACCAAGAGCAAGACCAACAGACUGGCGGCUGUGCUUUGGCGACAGCUUGUUUGCUUUUGCUGCAAAUAUAUCCAUGACCCCUUUUCCUCCAAGUGGCUCAAAGUGCCCUGCCCUGUUCUCUGUUGUACAGUACUACCAACCUUACUGUAUGCUUGUGAAACGUGGACCACUUAUAAACGCCAUCUCCAACUCCUUGGAAGAUUCCAUCAACGGUGUCUCCGGAAAAUUUUACACAUCAUUUGGGAAGACAGGUGAACGAAUGCCAGUGUCCUGGAAGAAGCAAAGAUCAAGCGUGCGGAAGCAAUGAUUCUUCAGCAUCAACUUCGUUGGACUGGUCAUGUUGUGUGAUGAUCGUCUUCCAAAGCAACUACUCUAUUCCGAACAUAAAAAUGGGAAGCGUAAUGCUGGUGGUCAACAAAAGAGGUUUAAAGGCAAAUCCAGGCAAAUCUUUAAAAAUGUAGUAUAAACACCGACAACGGGGAAACACUGGCCUGUGAGUGCUCCAAUGGAAGAACAGCCUUUACCAAAGGUGUCAUGGGCCUUGGAGACACUCGAACUUGGGACGAAAGGGAGAAACGUGCUAAGAGGAAGGCACGCUUGGCAAAUCCACACCGUGAUCAACUCCCGCCCGGAAACCAAUGUCCCCACUGUGGAAGGACGUGUGGAUCCAGAAUUGGCCUCCACAGUCACUUACGGACCCAUUGUUAAAAUCUGUGUUUAUGGAGGACAAUCUUACUCGGCUACGAGGGAUCGCCAAAGAAGAAGAAAAAGAAGAAGCACUGUUCUCCCUCUCCUCAUUUCACAGAAUCAUAUAAUUGUUGAGUUGGAAGGGACCCCGGGGUGGGUUCAAACCGCCAACCUUCUGAUCCUAACCACUGCCUCCAUCCAAGUUGACUGGAUGCAGCCCAGAGAAGCACUGAAGGUGUUGGGGAAAGAAGGAGGCCAGAGAGGAGCAGGCAGUGGCAAGCGUCCCUUGUCUCCUGCGCUUAGUGCUCCUCUCCUUGGGGUCCCAUAUCUGCCACUCCUCCUGGCUGCCCCCAGCCUGCCGCCCGAGGCAACUGCCACACUGUGCUCCAUGAGUGGGCCGGCCCUGUCCACUACCACCACCACCAGUGGCCCCCAGCGAGCAGUUGGUCGAGGUGCUGGAUUUGGCACCAGCGGCAGCUCCUGGUUCGGCCUCGGGGGCAGUCCUGCAUGCCCCACAUUUGAGGAACUGAGAAAGAUCCCCUGCACACGGCAAAGAGGUGUGUUAAUUCCAGAUGCUGUGACGCUUUCCUUUGCAGAGUUGGUGACCUGUAUGUCACAGCCAUGAAUAUUGAUGGUAACAUCCAGGGCAUGGGACUCUGUCCUGGUGGUUUUCCACCCGACGCAAGAGAAAACAGCGUAAAGACCCUGUUUUUCUUCCUGCCCCCCCUUUUCUAAUGCGCCGUCAGAUAAUUGGCAGUGUUCGGGAGAAGGAGUCAGCCUCUUCUCCAUGUUGGUAUCCUGGGGGUUGAUAAUGUUGGCCAUAAAAAUUCACUUAAGACUCGGCCUCGCAGAUUUGGGGGCGGUAGGGAUGCUUAUUGCCCUGGCUAAUAUGCAAAAUGUAUUUAUCUAUGUGGUUUCUGAACAAACUGCUUGGUGUGUGUGUGUGCGUGUGUGUGUGUGUGUGUUUGCUGGCAGAAAGAGGUCACCCUGUUGCAAUUCCAGAAGGGGCAGCGGAGCAAACUCUGCUUUUUAAUCAGGAGGGUUGACUCCUCCCCCCUGCAAGAACAUGCAGGAUUAUAACUAGCGUUUGCACAAGACCUUUGCCGGAGAGGUUGUCGGUUGUGAUCCUUGCGAGGACCCUGCGAGGUGGGUCGGUUGCUAUUGAUUAUCUGCUUGCAUGACCCGUUGGGGGGGGGGUCACUGCAACCCCCGAAGCUCCCUGACCUCCCCCCCCCGGGAAACAAAUUUAGGGGUUUGCAACACAAGACACAAUGUGCGUUUAAAACGUACAACUGUCUGCAAACUUUCACAAUUACCCAAGCAAUUGAAUGGUAGCUCCAAAUGAUGAGCUUGCCUGUACAUCUUUCCACGGCUCCCGUGACCCCUGACAACAUUUUGCAUAGCAGAUGUUUCGCUGAGGUGUCGUGUGGUCAAUGCUACCUUGGUCCAGGGCUACCUUAGGGGGCACUUUGUAUCCCAGCUUGAUCACUGAGAUCACCCGUAGGAGUGUUGCUGGUUGUCCCCCCGAGUUGGCGAAAUUGAGAGAGAGAAACCUUUCUCUAGCUUUUUUUUUUUAAUACAACCAGAUAAAAAAUGAGAAGAUAAUUGGUGAAAGUAAGGGUACAUCAACAAAUACAAAACACAUCCAGGCUCCUUUGGCAUUAGCCUACUGUUAUGUACUGAGCUGAAUCCUAGAACAAUAGGAUUCAGAAUCAGCGGGAGCUACCCAAUCCAACUCCAGGUGGAAGUGAAUCCGCAACCUGAUUGGCCUGCUGGAGCAGCCAAUCAGGCGGCUGGCAGAAGUGAAUCUGCUACCUGAUUGGCCUGUAGGAGCAGCCAAUCAGGCUGCAGGCAGAAGUCAAUCCACAAUAUAAUUGGCCCACAGGUGUAGCCCUGAAGUAGCCAAUCACGCAAGGCCCAUUGUGUAAAUAAUGUAUAUAAGCAGAUGGUUUUGGGAAAAGAGCCAUUCGUCUUCUCUUCUUCUCCUUGAUGAAUAUGAGCUGAAUAAAGAGCAUGAAAUUCACUCUCGACUCCGAGUAUAUUUCACCUACUAUGGUGCCCAUGGUGCAGUGGGCCUUCCCUUGCGUUGCACUGCAUCAUGGGUCCCACAGAACACGGGACUGGUUUUGAAGCUGCUGGAGAGGGGGCUGACUUUCGACGUUCUGCCGAAGUGCAACUGCCAAAGGCCAUCCUCUCUGCCCGGGAUCGGACUCUUUGAUAAUGGCAAAGUUAAGAAGCGCAUAUUUCAGGGUGGAAUGUUGUGUAUUGCCAAAACAAAACAAAACAAAACAAUUCUGGACUGCAUCAAUAGGAGUAUAGCAUCUAGAUCAAGGGAAGUAAUACUACCACUGUAUUCUGCUCUGGUCAGACCUCACCUGGAGUACUGUGUCCAGUUCUGGGCACCACAGUUCAAGAAGGAUACUGACAAGCUGGAACGUGUCCAGAGGAGGGCAACCAAAAUGGUCAAAGGCCUGGAAACGAUGCCUUAUGAGGAACGGCUUAGGGAGCUGGGUAUGUUUAGCCUGGAGAAGAGAAGGUUAAGGGGUGAUAUGAUAGCCAUGUUCAAAUAUAUAAAAGGAUGUCAUAUGGAAGAGGGUGAA